GGAGAAGCCGGCCCUUUAGGACCCGGCUGCGGCGGCGAGGGAGGAGGAAGAAGCGGAGGAGGCGGCUCCCGCGCUCGCAGGGCCGUGCCACCUGCCCGCCCGCCCGCUCGCUCGCCCGCCGCGCCGCGCUGCCGACCGCCAGCAUGCUGCCGAGAGUGGGCUGCCCCGCGCUGCCGCUGCCGCCGCCGCCGCUGCUGCCACUGCUGCUGCUGCUGCUGGGCGCGAGUGGCGGCGGCGGCGGGGCGCGCGCGGAGGUGCUGUUCCGCUGCCCGCCCUGCACACCCGAGCGCCUGGCCGCCUGCGGGCCCCCGCCGGUCGCGCCGCCUGCCGCGGUGGCUGCGGUGGCCGGAGGCGCCCGCAUGCCAUGCGCCGAGCUCGUCCGGGAGCCGGGCUGCGGCUGCUGCUCGGUGUGCGCCCGGCUGGAGGGCGAGGCGUGCGGCGUCUACACCCCGCGCUGCGGCCAGGGGCUGCGCUGCUAUCCCCACCCGGGCUCCGAGCUGCCCCUGCAGGCGCUGGUCAUGGGCGAGGGCACUUGUGAGAAGCGCCGGGACGCCGAGUAUGGCGCCAGCCCGGAGCAGGUUGCAGACAAUGGCGAUGACCAGUCGGAAGGAGGCCUGGUGGAGAACCACGUGGACAGCACCAUGAACAUGUUGGGCGGGGGAGGCAGUGCUGGCCGGAAGCCCCUCAAGUCGGGUAUGAAGGAGCUGGCCGUGUUCCGGGAGAAGGUCACUGAGCAGCACCGGCAGAUGGGCAAGGGUGGCAAACAUCACCUCGGCCUGGAGGAGCCCAAGAAGCUGCGACCGCCCCCUGCCAGGACUCCCUGCCAGCAGGAACUGGACCAGGUCCUGGAGCGGAUCUCCACCAUGCGCCUUCCGGACGAGCGGGGGCCUCUGGAGCACCUCUACUCCCUGCACAUCCCCAACUGUGACAAGCAUGGCCUGUACAACCUCAAACAGUGCAAAAUGUCUCUGAACGGGCAGCGUGGGGAGUGCUGGUGUGUGAACCCCAACACCGGGAAGCUGAUCCAGGGAGCCCCCACCAUCCGGGGGGACCCUGAGUGUCAUCUCUUCUACAAUGAGCAGCAGGAGGCUCGCGGGGUGCACACCCAGCGGAUGCAGUAGACCGCAGCCAGCCGGUGCCUGGCGCCCCCGCCCCCGCCCCUCUCCAAACACCGGCAGAAAACGGAGAGUGCUUGGGUGGUGGGUGCUGGAGGAUUUUCCAGUUCUGACACACGUAUUUAUAUUUGGAAAGAGACCAGCACCGAGCUUGGCACCUCCCCGGCCUCUCUCUUCCCAGCUACAGAUGCCACACCUGCUCCUUCUUGCUUUCCCCGGGGGGAGGAAGGGGGUUGUGGUCGGGGAGCUGGGGUACAGGUUUGGGGAGGGGGAAGAGAAAUUUUUAUUUUUGAACCCCUGUGUCCCUUUUGCAUAAGAUUAAAGGAAGGAAAAGUAAA